AGAAGAAAGAAAAAGGAUACGAGAGCCAUGCUUCUCAAACCUUACCUCUUGAUCGCUCCGCUCGUCAUGCUCCUCAUGGCAGCCGGUCACUGCUGCCUCGCGGCCACCGGCAGCGGCGGCAGCGAUGACGGUCGGCAGUUCGCUCUCAACGGCUUCGCGGGUGCGAACCUGACGCUCGGCGGCGCGAGCAUGGUCAUGCCGAACGGCCUGCUCAUGCUGACCAACGGUGCCACCAGAAAGAUGAAGGGCCAUGCCUUCCACCCGCCCUUGCUGCUGUUCGGCUCCGGGUCAAACGGCACCGGCCCUGUGCGGUCCUUCUCGACCACCUUCGUCUUAGCCAUCUUCGGCCACGGCCAGCACGCCGACCUUAGCGUCCGCGGCCUGGCCUUUUUCAUCUCUUCGUCCUCGGAGGUGCUCUCCACUGCGUUGUCAGGCCAGCCCUUGGGCCUCAGCAAUGGCAACCAGAGCGCCAACAUCUUUGCCAUGGAGUUCGACACGCUCUAUAAUGCCCAGUUCAAUGACAUCAAGAACAAGUACGUCUGCGUCGACGGUGAUAGUCUGGUGUCCCUCAAUUCCGCCAACACCGGGUACUACGACGACGGCACCGGGCGGCUACUAAACCUAUCUGUGAUAAGCUGGAAAGCUAUUCAAGUGUGGGUGGACUACAACAGCAAGGCAAUGGUGAUCAGUAUGACCAUGGCUCCGUUGGGUGUGGUCAGGCCCAAGAGGCCCAUGCUGCAGACCACCAUCGACCUCUCUGGCGUGGUGCAGAGCACGGCAUACGUCGGCUUCUCGUCGGUGAUGCGCAAUAUCACCUCCGGACACUUCAUCCUCGGCUGGAGCUUCGCGCUGGAUGGGCCGGCCCCGGUUCUUGACAUCUCGGUGCUGCCGGCCUUGCCAUCAGCCUGGACGAAGACCAACUGGUCCAACUCACCGCCCAUUUCCAUGUCGCUGAAGCUCGUGCUGGCCUUAGCGUCGUUGACGCUGGUUUCAGUUGGCAUCGGAAUCUACGUCACUGUAAGAUGGCGUCUCAAUUGCUUCGAGGUGCAAGAGGACUGGGAGGUUUCGUUAGGCCCCAAGAGAUUCUCUUAUGAAGUCUUGUUUCACGCGACAGAGGGGUUCAAUGAGAAGAACCUGCUCGGGAGGGGAGGUUUCGGGAGUGUUUAUAAGGGCGUGAUUCACAAGCCUGAUAUAGAGGUCGCCGUGAAGAGAAUGUCACACGAUUCAAGGCAAGGGGUAAAGGAGUUCAUUGCCGAGGUGGUUAGCAUUGGUCGUCUUCGACACCGAAAUAUCGCACAAUUAUUGGGCUACUGCAGGCGUAAAGGUGAACUUCUCCUGAUUUAUGACUACAUGAAAAAUGGUAGUCUUGACAAGUACCUACACACAAGAAAUGGCCCAACUCUAUGCUGGUCCGAGAGGUACUCAAUCAUCAAAGGUGUGGCAUCAAGUUUGUUGUAUCUACAUGAGGAAUGGGAGCAGGUCAUCAUCCACCGAGAUAUAAAGGCAAGUAAUGUGCUCUUGGACAGCAAGAUGAAUGGGCGGUUGGGUGAUUUUGGUCUUGCAAGGAUAUAUGACCAUGAAACUGCUGCUCAAACCACCCAUGUGGCUGGCACCAUGGGAUAUCUUGCGCCAGAACUCUUGCGUGCCGGGAGGCCAACACCUUUCUCUGAUGUAUAUGCAUUUGGCAUGUUUCUCCUAGAGGUCACAUGUGGACGAAGGCCAAUCUUCAUCAAUGAGCAAAACAACCGGGUAUUGUUGGUCGAGUGGCUGCUUGAGCACCACCACAACAGCUCAAUGCUCGACACAGUGGAUCCACGACUCGGAGGGGAAUUCAACAUGAAGGAGGUAACCAUCGUGCUCCAAUUGGGUUUGCUAUGCACAUACCCAUCGCCCAACGCGCGGCCUGUCAUGCGAAAGGUCAUGCAGUACCUUGACCAUGACCAAUCGCCUCCUGAUUUAUCACUGGCCUACAUAAGCUACAUCAUGAUGGCCCAAAUGCAAAAUGAAGGGUUUGAUUCACACAACAUGCCAUGUUCUCAGCCGGCAAGGAGUGUUGCCACCGUGUCGGGUGAGUCUUCAGUGACAAUUUUGCGAGAGGGAAGAUGAGGCAUGUAUGUAAUUGACCCCCCCCCCUCUC